CCGCUCCGCACCCGCCCACCGCGACAGGAUGCCCGACGCCGCCCCCCGCGUCAUCGACGGCAGCCCCCGCACCCGCAUCCAUCGCAGCCAGACCUCCGUCCCAACGACGGUAGGCACCGCACCCCGCACCGUCGCCCACCCCUCCCGCCGGUCCCUCUCCCAAGACUCCGUCGCCCGCCAAGCAACCGCCAUGGAAACCGCCAAAUCGACCACCAAGUCCCGCACCGCCAAGAAGGGCUCCUCGCACGCGGACGUUAUCGACAGGAUGGACUUUUCCGGCGUCGGAGCAGUCUUCCACCACGAUUCGCCGUUCGACGCCUGUGCCCCCUCCCGCAACCGCCACCGGACCAAGGCCCCGAUGAUGGCUUGGACGGGCGGCGCCAAUCCCGAGGACGACGUGCUCGUCCAGCAGUACUCUCCACGCAUCGCGGACUCGCCUUACGCCGCCGCUCGCACCCCGGCGCCCUACACCCCUGCCGAGCCCUGGUCCCCGCCCAAGAAGAACCACGACGCGCUCGCGGAGGCGUGGGGCAUCCACGAGCCCGAACCUUACGAAGAGUUUUUCGCCGGUGGUGGUUCUCGGCCCGAGUCUACCUACGCCAGCAGGAACGGCAGCGCGCACGCCGUCGGGGGCGCCAACGCCCCCACGCCCACCCGCCGCCCCAGGGACCGAGACGCCCACCGCGAACACCUCGACGACGCCGCCGGCGUGCGGCGCGCAGGCACCAAGACUCGCAACGCGCUGCCGCCUCCCAAGCCCAUCUUCGUCCCGGAGGCCGAGUCCGGUGCCGAGGGCCCGCCCUCGCCCAGCACGCCCGGCGUCGGCUCUCCCGGCGCCCCGAAGCGCACCAAGAGCCUCAUGAAUCGCAUCCGCCGCAUGCGCGAGAACCCGAACGUCCCCGCCGGACACGCGCAGUACGACGAUUACGGCGUGCUCGGCGCCUCGCCGCCCAACUCGGCCGACCUCGCCGGCGGCUACCGCUCCGACGGCGCCGCCCAACGACCCUCCCGCCCGACUCACCGUGCUCAAAACUCGUUCCUCGGCAGGCUCGGCGGCGGGAAGACCGCGAAGGAGAGCUCGACGAGCCCGACGAGCGACAGCUCCGACUUUGUGUACGUCGGCUACGACGAGUGCGACGGCGGGCGGCACGGCCGCGUUCCGCGCGCCACCAACAAGGAUCUGCCCGCGACGCCGCCUGCCCACGCGGCGCCCGAGGUAGGCUACUUUGACGGCGUCGGCGCCUCGGGUGGUCCCACCUCGCCUGGGGCCAGCCUCGGCAGGAAGACGAGCCUACUCAAGAAAGUCAAGGGGGCCAUGCGCGGCGCCAAGUCGGUCGAGCGCCGCUGAGCGAUGUCCAUCUCAGCCCAUCGUACGGGAGGGUAUCUGGUUUCGGCCUCCCCCCGCCGUUCUCGUUCCGUGUAUUCCAUCCCACAAUGUCUUGACCUUCCGCCUUUUUCGCCGAUACCACUUAGACGGCCUAUCUCCCUGUCGCGAAGGCACGGCCCGACCUCGGUCUUGUGUACGUACUGUAUCGUCAUAUCGCCUCCACCUCGAACGUUCUCGCCCCAACAUGUAGUUAUCGAUCCAUCAUGCAUUCUCGUUCUCCCCGCCGCCGCCGGUCCUUGCUUUACAUAACUUUGUCUCCCCCCUUUCUUUCCUUCUCGGACCAAAAAAACCGAAUGUGGAAUCCU